AUGACCCUUUCCAAAACGUUUACUCUCCCUGUCACGGGUGACAAGAUCCCAGCCGUUGCCUAUGGGGUAGGUACCAAAUGGUUCAAGGGUGGCGAAAAAUCGUUCAACCACUCGUUGGUCAAGACCAUCACCCAGGCAAUUGACGCUGGGCUUACCCAUAUUGACGGGGCAGAGAUCUACGGCACCGACGGAGAACUCGGCGCUGCCAUCGCUGAAGCGAUCAAAGCUGGGAAACCCCGCUCGGACUUAUGGAUCACUAACAAGUAUUUUUCUGGUACCUCUGCCUACAGCUUCAGAUCUAAAGCAGACAACCCCUUGAGUGCUAUCAAGGAACAGCUCAAGGAGGUCGGGGUAGAGUACUUUGACUUGUACCUCCUCCAUUCUCCGUGGAUUAAGAAGGAGGCUCACGGUUUCUCUCUUCAGGAAGCAUGGCAGUACUUGGAGCAGGCCAAGGACCUCGGUUUGGUCAAGAACAUUGGGGUCUCAAACUUUGGAGUGGAGCCAUUAAAGGAAAUUCUCCAGGUGGCCAAGCUGGCUCCGCAGGUUAACCAGAUAGAGUUCAACGCUUACUUGCAGAAUCAGACCCCGGGGAUUGUCGAAUUCUCGCAGAAGAAUAACAUUUUGGUAACCGCUUACUCCCCGCUUGCUCCAUUGUACAAAGGCCCGGGCCCAAUCGACCCAGCCGUGGCUGCUUUGUCCAAGAAGUAUGGCAAGUCCGACACCCAGGUGCUCUUGAGAUGGGUAAUUCAAAGAGGUAUUUUGCCUAUCACCACCACUGGGAAAACGGAAAGGUUGACAGAAAUCUUGGACAUCUUUGACUUUGAGUUGACCCAAGAAGAGGUCGAUGAGAUCUCCAGGUUAGGGAGCCAGAAGACAUUGCGUUUAUACUGGAACGAAGAGUACUCCAAAUUUGAUACUAAGUAA